CUUCAUAGUUCACUUUUAUUCGACGGCGAUAGUUUGCAGGAGAAGAAUGUCUAAUACCGUAGAAAUAAAAUCGUGUCUUGAAACAAAGACUAUUACUGACAUUGUCAAUAGUAAUAAUAACAUUUACAAAUUGCUCCCGUUCGAAGAAGUGAAAGAAAUAACGAAACGUGUAUUGAACGACGACGUUACUAUGAUGGAAUAUGUCAUUCAAUCAUAUUCCGAUGGCAAACUCGGAUACCUUGGUUCUCAUUAUCGUCUCGACGUAACAACUUCGGCGAAAAAAGGAGAAAUUGUCGCUUUCUCGCUCUUUCUCAAGACUAUACCCUACGAAGUGCCCGAACAAGCCGAGUACGUGAUAAAGAAGCGUGUCUUCGAACGUGAGAUCCAAUUUUACGGUAUUAUAAUGCCGCUGCUCCGCGAGGGAUAUCACGGGAAGCCAUGGGCUCCAACAUGUUACAAGGUGACGGACAAUUUGAUGGUCUUCGAAGACUUGGGUUGCAAAGGUUAUUCGACGCGAAACAAGCUCUUCGACGAGACGUUGGUGCGCGCGGGUUUAAAUUCUAUCGCGCGGCUGCACGCUGCUUCUUUGUUAGCGGAGACACGUCUCGACGUACCCUUCAAUCGAUUGUAUCCCGACACUUUCACAGAGAGAGCCUUUACUCAUGACGAAGAGACGCGAAAGUGGUGUGAAGUAGGUUUCGAUAUGGGCGCAUUAAUAGCCGAAAAUCAUGGAUACGACCCUCAUUUGAUACGCUCAACUUGCGAACGAGUAUAUGACAUUGUAAACCCGUCAUGCACGAAGACGAACGUAGUCAGUCACGGGGAUCUCUGGGGCAACAAUCUCAUGUUCAAUAAUGAUAUGCCACCCAAUUGCUUGCUAGUAGAUUAUCAACUACUGAGAUACUCUCCUCUAGCACAUGACGUUGCACAGUUUCUGUAUCUGUGUACGGAUCGAAGUUUCCGUAAAGCGCGGGAAAGCGCGAUGUUGCAGCACUAUUACGAGACGUUGUGCAAGGUCUUGGACGAUCAUGAAUCGCCUCGGAAACCCGCCUGGUCAGAAGUGAUCGAAGGUAUGGAGGAGCAACGUUUGGGCGCUGUUAUUACCGCGGUGGCCUAUUUUCCUACAGUUCUGAUGGAAGAGAAUAUUAGCGCACAAAUCUUGGGCGAUUCGGCGACUUAUACCGAGUACUGUUUCGGAGAUAGAAUGAAAUUUGUCUUGCCGAUUAUGAAGCAAGACUCGGUCUACGAGAGAAGAAUCAACGAAGCCGUCAUCGAAUUGGCCGAACUCGCUUCACAAUUAGAUCAAUUACCGAAACCGUCUUAAAUUCAAACACAUUAUAACAAACAUACAAUUGGC